CGCAGCUUUUAAAUUGGGUGUUUUGGACCUUCCAUAUCUAUAAGAUGAGAAACAUUUUUCAACUUCUGAAACAACGUCUGUAAGAGAUUGCAAAUAUUGAUUAGAAAUCAAUCAAAAGCAAAAGAUCAGCUUUGUAAGUUUUUCUCUAAUCAUGAGGUUCAUCUGGGCGUGCUGUCUCUUCUUUGCCGUAGCGCAGGCUACAGACUGGGCUGACGUGAGACCUGCUCAUCAGCCACAGCCUCCUCUUUUGAGAAGACCUCACUUCUCCAAAAACCGAAUUAUCGGAGGAGAAAAUGCCGUCGAAGGACAAUUCAAAUAUCAGGUCGCAGUUUUGAUCGAGGGUGCAGGUUUUUGCGGCGGCUCUUUGAUCGCCGAUGACGUCGUUCUCACCGCUGGACAUUGCAUCAAUAACUUUGCAUUCUGGGAAGUGCACGCAGGUGCCCUGAAUUUCAACAAUAUUGAUGAGCCUGGCCGCGUGGUUGUUUCCACCAAUGUGUCUGUUCUUCACGAAGAAUACAAUGGUGUCGUAAUUAACAACGACAUUGGAAUUUUGAAACUUUCUGAAGCUGUUUCUGGACCCAACAUCGCGCCUGUUCGUCUUCCGUCCCGAUCUCAAGAAAACACAACUUUUGCUCAAUCUGUUGCUCGCGUUUCUGGAUGGGGCAAAUCUUCCGACAAUUCGUCUUCUAUUAACGUCGAUUUGAAAUACGUGGACCUGCGAGUGAUCACUCAAGACGACUGCCUGGCCAUUUACGGCCCCCUGAUUAUUAACGAAAACAAAUUGUGCUGCGACGCCGACGGUGGUGCCUCGUCCACCUGCAAUGGCGACUCUGGCGGUCCUCUUGUGAUCACCGAGGCCGACGGUGAAGCCACCGAGAUCGGCAUUGUUUCUUUCGGCGUCUCGCUUGGCUGCGAGUCAGGAUGGCCCGCUGCCUUCACCAGGGUCACCUGGUACCUCGACUGGCUCGAAGCCAAUGCCGGAGUCACCAUCAGACCUUGAUUUCUUGAAUCAAUAAGAAAAUAAAAAAUAACGAAGUUGCACGAAAAUUUUUAUUUU